UGAAGCAGCCGCGUGGGCGGCGUCAUUGAGUUGCGCCCCUGAGCCCGGUGAAGCCCAGCCCUUCUCUUCUGCCUUUUUCUUGUGUUAGCUUUUCUUCCUGCCACCUGUCGACCCUGCUUCCAUGUCCCUGGUGGGCACGGCACCCUGCAACUUCCACGCUUAUGGCUGCUAGCCUGAGGGAACCCAGUUACACUUCUUCCGCCUCGAGCUGCGACACGGACGAUGAGGGCGUGCGCGGCACCUGCGAAGAUGCUUCUCUGUGUAAAAGGUAUGCAGUAAGCAUCGGCUACUGGCAUGAUCCUUACAUCCAGCACUUUGUGAGACUGUCUAAAGAGAGGAAGGCCCCCGAAAUUAACAGAGGAUAUUUUGCUCGAGUCCAUGGUGUCAGUCAGCUUAUAAAGGCAUUUCUACGGAAAACAGAAUGUCACUGUCAAAUCCUCAACCUUGGGGCUGGGAUGGAUACUACUUUCUGGAAAUUAAAGGAUGAAGGUCUUCUCCCAAGUAAAUAUUUUGAGGUUGACUUUCCAAUGAUCGUGACAAGAAAACUUCACAACAUCAAAUACAAGUCUUUUCUAUCAAACCCCAUUAUAGAAUUACAUUCAGAGGACACACUUCAGAUGGAUGGACACAUACUGGAUUCUAAGAGGUACGCCAUUGUUGGAGCAGAUCUCCGAGACCUCGCUGAGCUGGAAGAGAAACUAAAGAAAUGUAACAUGAAUACACAAUUACCGACACUCCUAAUAACUGAAUGUGUGCUGGUUUACAUGACCCCAGAGCAGUCUGCAAGCCUUCUAAAGUGGGCUGCCAACAGUUUCGAGACGGCCAUGUUCAUAAACUAUGAACAGGUCAAUAUGGAUGACCGGUUUGGGCAGAUCAUGAUUGAAAACCUGCGGAGACGACAGUGUGACCUGGCUGGAGUGGAAAUCUGCAAGUCAUUGCAGUCGCAGAAGGAGCGGCUCCUGUCGAACGGCUGGGAAACAGCUUCAGCAGUCGACAUGAUGGAACUGUACAGCAGGUUGCCACGAGCCGAAGUGAGCAGAAUAGAAUCACUUGAAUUCCUGGAUGAAAUGGAGCUCCUUGAGCAGCUCAUGCAGCAUUACUGCCUGUGCUGGGCAACCAAAGGAGGGAGUGAACUAGGUUUAAGGGAGAUAACUUAUUAACCUGUCAAAGGUUCAUGCUGAGCCAGAAGAUAGAGCCACCAGCCUUCCUGGAGGAGAGUCACUGAGCUUCCCGAGUGGUGGGGAAUGGUGGGGAGUCCUCGUCUACCAGUCUCGUCUGCGCUCAGAAACCUCGGUUACUAAGGUGGUUAGUACCAGUUUCUGCUCCUGUUGAUUUAACAUUGUUUCAAUAAAUCUCAGUUGCCAAUUG